AUGAAUUUUUCUAACCUUGGUAUUUCAUAUCAAUCGUUAACAAGUGGUCAUAUCGACGGGCAAAUACGAGUGCAACGUCGCAAUAAAGUGGUUCUGCUUACUGGUAUCUUUAUUAUAGUUGCACUGCUAGUUUCCAUGUUGGUUAUAGUCAUUUUCUAUGUAGCAACGAGAAAACAACAAACAUCCAUAUUCGUUAGUUCUUCGACAGCAAAGACGCCAUCAGAUACAAGCACUUAUAAUGUUAUCAGUAUUUUGGCGAACGUAUGCAUGCAACGGUCUGUGGAAUAUAUAGCAUCAGGAAAACCGCUACAGAACUUUACUCGGUAUCCAAUUGAUGCAAGUUUACUCAUUCCAGAAGCGGUCAUAUAUCUUAAUAUAACAAUGUACCCACCAAAUGUAGGUUGUACUUGGUCAUUAGAUAUAUUUCCAAUGGAUGGCCGAGCUCUUCCAACAAGUGGAGAGAAAACUAAUUCUGUAUUUGGUCGUUACGAUUUAGAUCAAGACUCAACUGUGGAAUAUCGAAGCGCAGGAAAAUUGAAAGACUGGGGUGCUGGAACUGGAAAGUUUAUUGUCGGUUUUACUGGUGCUUGGUAUGGAACAGCUGGUAUUGGAUGUAAAGGAAAUGGAACAAUGACAUUAUGUUUUUCUCAUUCAUGA